AUGCAAAAAAUCGCCAGAAAAUUGGAAGCUACGCAAUCCCUGCUGAAAAACUUCUCCACCAACAUACGGAAAACGGCAAAAAGCAAGCAAACAAAAGGUUUCUUCACUGCCAGAAAGAAUCUCUUGGAAAGUUACUGGACGCAGUACAAGGAAGCUCGAGAAGAUUUGUUGGCCAAUAUUUAUGACGGUGCAAAGGUGGAAGAAGUGAGUGACACAAUUAAAGCGUUAGUUAGCGAAGACAGUUACAUGGAAAUUGAAAUAAUUUAUUCGGAAAUGAUGGGAGAGCUAAUCGAUGAGUUAGAAAGCACUGAAGUUAUAGAAUCUCCAGGUAAUAACGAAACUGUAAUUAAAGGUGUGUCAAGCAUGGAACUGACGUCUAAUUUACCACGUAUUAAAAUUCCGUCGUUUGAUGGUAAUUAUCUGCACUGGUACGCAUUUAAGGAUUUAUUCACGUCAGUUGUAUCAAAUAACGUUGCAUUGUCUAAUACACAGAAACUUCAAUAUUUAAAAGAUGCGUUAGUGUUGGACGCUCAACACGCCCUAGACAACAUUACUACAACAGAUGCACAUUGGGCAGUAGCAUGGAGUUUACUCGUCCGCAAGUAUGAGAACAAGAGGAUCAUUCUUAAUGCGUAUUUAAAACAAAUUGUUAAUUUAACAACGGUGUCUGAUGGUUUACCUAAUAGUUUACGCUUGUUAUGUGACACCAUCACGUCAGCUGUGCGUGCGUUAGAGCAAUUGGGUCGUCCAGUGCAGCAUUGGGACGAUUGGUUGGUCUUUACCCUUCUCCAAAAAUUAGACACGAAAACACGCUCAGCUUGGGAGCUGUCAACAACCAGUUUAGAACAAAUUCCAAUGUUUGAGGAGCUGGUCAAUUUCCUAGAAAAUCGAAUACAUUCGCUGGAGGUAGUUAAUAGCAUGACCGAUAACUCUAAUCAGGAGAAAAAGUUUGUAACACCUAUCAGAACAAAGGGGUUCGUGAAAAGCCAUCAUACCACUGUUCAACAAUGCGUGCAUUGUCAAGGUAAGCAUUUACUGGCAUAUUGCGCAGAAUUUCGGCAAAUGACUGGGACAAAGAGAUAUGAGGUAGUCAGAUCUGCAAGAUUGUGUUUCAAUUGUUUGAGAACGGGACACAUGGGUCAUAAUUGUCCAUCGAAAUAUCGGUGUCUGCGAUGUAAUGCAGCGCAUCAUACAUUACUACAUGACCAUAGUGGAAGUGGUGGAGAAACUAAUUACUCAAAUAUACCGGAAAAGACCACUGAAGCGACUAAGAAAUACGCUGUCACAUCAAAUAAUACAUACAUUUCCAGUGCUAAUCAAGGUGCUCGAACUUUACAUCUACAGACUGUUUUAAUUGGCACUGCAUUGAUAGAGGUAAGGAGUCCUUCUGGUCAGAAGCUUAUUGUGCGAGCUCUUUUGGAUAGCGCGUCGGAAGCAACGUUUGUCAGCGAAUUCAUCGUGCAGCGGUUAAAACUGGACAAAACAAAUGUCAUAGUGCCGGUGAGUGGUGCAAAUGGUGAAAGGGUCGCCAAUUCAAGAGGAAUGGUUUCAUUUACAAUCCAUUCGUUAAAAUCCGAUUUCAACAUGAAUUGUGUUGCACUAAUACUUCCACGAGUGGGUAGCGUUACCCCAACCAUUCCCAUACCGAAAGAAGCGCUUGGUGAGUUCAUGAAUUUAGAUUUAGCUGAUCCUCAAUUACAGGUUCCGGGGGCAGUCGAUAUGAUUUUGAGCGCUUCAGAUUAUGCUGCUAUUGUCUAUGAGCGACUAAAACGGCAUCCAACUAACAAUAUUGUUGCCCAAUAUACGCAACUCGGUUGGGUAAUUUUUGGUGGACUGUCGCGACGAAAGGCUAUUUCAGUGAAAGGACAAGUUAAUUGCUGUCAUACUCGGGCAACAUUGCACGAAAUGCUACAUAAAUUUUGGGAAUUGGAAGAAAUAACAAACCACGUUCCGUUAACAAAAGAUGAAAUGUACUGUGAAGAUUUUUUUGAGCGUACAACUGUACGCAACGCAACGGGUCGAUAUGUAGUUAGACUACCAAUCAAGCAGAAAGCUGAUUUGGCAACACUUAAGUCAAGUAAACUAAAUGCACUUGCAUUAUUAAACAGCACGUUACAGCGAUUAACCCGAGAUCCGGAUAUGUACAAACUCUACCAAGAUUUCAUGGACGAAUAUCAGACCUGUGGCCAUAUGGAAGUGGUGCCACACUCGUAUGAUGUAGCUUCAACAUGUUAUCUUCCUCACCAUGGUGUCUAUAAAGCAUCGAGUUCUACAACGAAGCUUCGCGUAGUCUUCAAUGCUUCUAAUAAAUGUUUGAGCGGAAUAUCGCUUAAUGAUUGUCUGCAUAUAGGUCCCAGAUUACAAAAUGAUCUAUCAAAUAUCAUCUUGCAAUGGCGGCAUUACCCUAUAGUGUUUACAGGAGAUAUCGAGAAAAUGUACAGGCAAAUUCUUGUUGAUAGCAAAGAUGUGGAUUUGCAACGAAUAAUGUGGCGCGUUCGACACGGGGACGCCCCUACAACGUUCCGGUUGCUCACUGUAACAUAUGGGACUAAUUGUGCUCCAUAUCUUGCCAUCAAAGUAUUGCGUACUCUGGCAAAAGAGGAGCAAACUCGUUUUCCACGGGCAGCUGAAUCGAUUCUAAAUGAAUUUUACAUUGAUGACGUACUAUCAGGUGGAGACACUCCAAUCGAAGCUGCAGAAAAAUUGCACGAACUUCAGGAGCUUCUAGCAACUGCAGGCUUCACUUUACGUAAAUUUAAUUCGAAUUCAAAUGACGUUUUAAGCACUCUGACUGCGGACGUAAAAGCUCACGCCGACGAUGUGGAAAUUAACACCGAGUAUAAAACUAAGACACUUGGUCUUACUUGGUAUACAAAAUCCGACAGUUUUGGUUACAACGUCAAUGUAACUUGUGACAACCAUCAUUACACAAAACGACUAAUGUUGUCUGACAUAUCGAAGUUAUUUGAUCCACUUGUGUUCUUGGCUCCGGUUAUCAUUCGAGGAAAGAUGUUUCUGCAACAACUCUGGCGUACUGGAUCCGAUUGGGAUGAUCCCUUGUCAAUAGAGAUGGCAAACAUUUGGCAUAACUUUCGUAUUGACUUACAACAAUUACAUCACAUUCGAAUCCCACGUUGGAUAAACACCACUUCGACAAGUGCAAUUGAAUUACACGCAUUUGGUGAUUCAUCAAAUCAAGCAUAUGCGGCUGCAGUAUAUGCGAAAACAACCAUCGGUCCGACCAGUUUUGUAAAUUUGCUUAUUAGUAAAACUAAGGUAGCCCCGUUGAAAGAAACGUCUAUACAACGUUUAGAAUUAUGUGCAGCAUUGCUAGCAGCAAAACUUCUACACAAGGUAAAAGGAACAUUUAAGUGUCAACCAUCACGCUGUAUUUUGUGGACUGAUAAUACAACCACUCUGUGGUGGAUUAGAACUGAUCCAGGCAAAUUGAAGCAGUUCGUGGCAAACAGAGUGUCACAAAUUCAGUCAAUGACAAAUAUUGAAGACGGGAGGUAUAUUGCAACAAAGGAUAAUCCGGCUGAUUGUGCAUCACGAGGCAGUACCGUUUUGCAACUAAAAGAUAAUCUGAUGUGGUGGUAUGGACCAUCUUGGCUUCGCUUAAAUGAGAAAAUGUGGCCUAACCACCAAAUCAAUCAUACUCCUGACAGUUUACCUGAGAAAAAAGAGAUUAACUCAUUAACUACGCAGUUAUCAACAGAAGUGUGGGAAAUAUUUGGACGAUAUGCUACUCUUGACAAAUUACUCCUAGUCGUGGCGCAAUGUCUACGUUUUAUUCAUGCGUGUCAAAAAAGGAUGCGUCGAGAUGAAAGUUUCUGCACUUGGCAAGAACGUUAUACGGCUCUUAAAAAAUUAGUAACAAUUGUACAAAGGACCGAGUUUACCAACGAUUAUGCUGCUUUACGGAAAGGCAAUCCAAUUAACAAAUCAAGUAAAUUGUUUAAAUUGAAUCCGAAGCUUGAUUCCGACGGAAUUAUGCGUCUAAAUGGAAGACUGCAAAAUGCGAAUAUUCCUUCAGAUGAACGAUGUCCAAUGAUAUUACCCAGACGUCAUGAUUUUACUACGUUGAUUAUUAAUCAAGCUCAUAGUCGAACAUUACAUGGCGGAACUCAAACAACAUUAGCAUAUGUGCGACGGCAAUUUUGGGUUAUUGAAGGAAGAUCCGCUGUGAAGAGAGUGAUUAACAAAUGCAUUACAUGUUUUCGUCAAGCCUGUCGACCGCAAGCACAACUUAUGGGUAACUUACCUCCAGCACGGUGUAAUAUAUCACAGCCAUUCAUGCACACGGGCGUGGAUUAUGCUGGUCCAUUUAAUGUGAGAGCGACAAGAGGGAGAGGCCAUCGUACUUACAAGGGGUAUGUGGCUCUAUUUAUAUGUUUUAUUACACGAGCUAUUCAUUUGGAACUUGUGAGUGAUAUGACAUCUGAAACAUUUCUAGCAGCGUUAAAGCGAUUUGUAUCAGUCCGUGGCAUAUGCUCAGAUAUGUACAGCGAUCGUGGUACAUCCUUUGUCAGUGCUGAUGCUUUAAUGAAAGAUGAAAUUAAAUUAUUUAAAAAACAAAUUGAAGCUGGGUCUGUGUUUGCAUCAACCGUUGGCAUAAAUUGGCACUUUAUACCACCCGCAGCGCCUCAUUUUGGUGGCCUAUGGGAGGCAGGAGUAAAAAUCGAAAAUUGUUUAAAUUCGCGGCCGCUUACGGCUCUAUCUGAUGACCCCACAGACUUAUCAGCGUUGACACCAGGACACUUUUUGAUUGGACGAGCGCCAUCUGCCGUACCUGAACCUAAUUUGCUAAAUACAAAGAUUGGUGUACUAUUCCGAUGGAAGAUGUUAAGCCAGAUGUAUCAAGACUUUUGGCGCCGUAGGUCCCAAGAAUAUUUAACACAAUUACAUGCCAGAAACAAAUGGACUAAAAGCCAAACAAAUGUCGCAACCGGUCAACUGGUCCUACUUCGAGAUGAACGAUUGCCUCCAAGCUCCUGGUUGCUUGGCCGCAUUAUCCAAGUCCAUCCUGGCACGGACGGUGCUGUUCGUGUCGUAACCAUAAAAACACAGUCCGCCAUUGUGAAACGGCCAAUUACGAAGAUCUCUGUUUUACCAAUCGACAUUGAAGGACGUCCUGAAGCACACGAAAAUGAAAUUUUUCAUGAGCAUGCUACGCAUUUACGCAUACUUCGUGACCAUCAAAAUGCAGGCUCUUUAAUAUCAUCAGAGGUGCCUACAAUCAUACGUCAAAAUCUAUUAGCAAAUUUUCGGAAUGGCAGUCGACAUGCACCAUAUUUUAUUUGCGGACCCCACGGAAGCGGUAAGAGUGCUUUAAUAGUGGAGUUAUAUCGACAGGUCACUGAGUGGUUCAGUUCAAAACGAGUACAUCGAGUUAUACGUUUUGCUGCAGCUACUCCACGUUCAGCCUACAAUUUAGAAUUAUUACGUGUUAUAUGUCAACAGAUUUCUAUUAUUUUUAAUAUACCAGAAGGUUACUUACCAAAAGAUGCAUCCUUCGAUCCGAACUAUAUAAAUAAUUGGUUCCAAAAUUUAUUACGACGUAUUGAGGAUAUGAAUAAUGAUGUUUUGUUUCUUUUUAUUGAUGAUUUGCAUUUAUUAAAUCCACUGGAUUGCGAUAUUGUAGCUGCAUUAUCUUGGUUGCCCACUUCAUUGCCAUGGAAUGUGCAACUUAUAUGCUCUACAACAACAGCUAUAGAUCAAUUGAAAUUCACACCAAUGCAACGUGAUCGCUUUAGAUCGACAGAAUUUCUUUUUGAUUUAACAGUUGCUGAAAAUCGCACUGAAUUAAGGAAGCCAAUUAUGAAUAACACAAUUUCUGUUAGUGAUGAUAUCGCUUUUGAGCAGUUUUUGGAAUCACAAUUUGAUUAUUUUGAGAAAUUCUAUGGAAAGAAGGGCUUCGGUCGUUUAGCUGCGUACAUCACAUGCGCUGAAUAUGGACUGACGGAAACUGAGCUCUUGGAAUUAUUAAUGCCCACCGAUGAGCCAGAGGCAUUUGUCGAAACCGAACAUGGAAACUUUAAUUUCUCCACAUUCAAAAGGAUUCACAAUGAAAUGAGCUUUCUUUUGCAUGACAAAAUAAUGUCCGGCAAAGUGCUUAUACAGUGGCGACACACUUACUGUGCACAUUUAUCCCAACAGCGAUACAUGGAUGCACAGAGUACACGUGCCAUGCAUAUAGCCAUUGCCAAUAUAUUCUUUCAACAAGAAGGGGAGGAUGCUGAAGAAGGCAGCAGUGAACAAGAAACAGAAGAAAGUGACAAGCAUUCAGUAGUUAGUCAAAAGGAAAAGGAUAACAUCUCUACUGGUCGUAAAUCAUCAUCACAUCAUAAUGAUGAUACUUCAACGUUCUACAAUCCAAUUGCGGCUGACGUUUCGUAUAGCAUGCGACAUGUUGAAGAGAGUUGGCAUCACUUAAUGCGUUCCGACGAUACAGCCAAGUUCAAGCAAAUUGCAGUAUGCAACUUUGAUUUUUUACUAGCAGCGGUGAGUACAGAACAAAAAUAA